GAAACAGUUCAGUGGAUUGUAAUGGAGUGGUAUCUUUGGUUGGAGAAGCUGGCAUGUACUCAAAUCCAACAUCUCCUGGAGGAUUACAGCUGCCAGCGGUCAUCGUAGGAGAAGACAGGAACAGAAGAAAAUAUGUCUCCUUCGGACCUUGAAAUGAGUAAGAUGCAGCUGCUGAUGCCUCAUCGACUCUCCGUAGAAUACAUGGAUGUGCCAUUUCAGAGGCAGCGGGCAGUGAGUGCCGUCAGCGUCCUCACCAAUGCCAUGGAAGAAUUGGAAGAAUCUCGCCAGAAAUGUCCUCCUUGCUGGUAUCAUUUUGCCCAUAGGUUCCUCAUCUGGGAUUGUUGUACUCUAUGGUUAGAAAUCAAGAAAGGAGUGAAAUUUGUAGUCAUGGAUCCCUUUACUGAUCUAACCAUCACUAUAUGCAUAGUGCUUAACACCCUUUUCAUGGCUUUGGAACAUUACAAGAUGACUGAUGAAUUUGAAAAAAUGCUAGCUACUGGCAACUAUGUUUUCACUGGUAUUUUUACAGCUGAAAUGGUCUUCAAAAUCAUUGCCUUAGAUCCUUAUUACUAUUUCCAGCAGGGAUGGAAUAUUUUUGACAGCAUCAUUGUAACACUCAGUUUAAUGGAAUUCUGUUUGUCCAGUCUCUCCAGUAUGGGAAAUCUGUCAGUUCUACGUUCUUUCCGCUUGCUUCGGGUUUUCAAACUGGCAAAGUCUUGGCCGACAUUGAAUACUCUCAUCAAAAUCAUUGGCAAUUCAGUUGGGGCUCUCGGGAACUUAACCCUUGUUUUGGCGAUCAUUGUUUUUAUUUUUGCUGUUGUUGGAGUCCAGUUGUUUGGACGGAACUACAUGGAUUGCGUCUGCAAGAUUAACAAUGAUUGCAAGUUACCACGAUGGCACAUGAACGACUUUUUCCAUUCAUUUCUCAUUGUGUUUCGGGUUUUGUGCGGAGAAUGGAUUGAGACCAUGUGGGAUUGCAUGGAAGUUAGCGGCCAACCUUUAUGCAUCCUUGUCUUCAUGCUCGUUAUGGUUAUAGGAAAUCUGGUGGUUCUGAACCUUUUCCUGGCUCUCCUCCUGAGCUCCUUCAGUGCCGAUAACUUGUCCGCUCCAGAUGAAGAUGGUGAAAUGAACAAUCUCCAGAUAGCUAUUGCUAGGAUACAAAAGGGGAUUUCCUUUGCCAAAAAAAGCGUCAUAGAUUUUAUCCGCAGUUUAUUUACCAAGCCCAAAAAAAGCGGAGACACUUUUAUAACAAGUCUGUCCGGAAAGAAUAGGAAUAAAAACAACAUCAAUCCACACAAUCAUAUCAGCAUGUCCAAUACUGGAAAAGAAAAGGAUGACUACAUGGAUGGGAGUAAUACCAAUGGCGGCAUUGCCAAAAACGGUGAAAAAUAUGUCGUUAGUGAAUGUGAUGAUUACAUGACCAACCCUCGUCUCUCCGGCUGUGUUCCCAUUGCUAUGGGUGAAUCAGAUGUGGAGUAUCACGACGAUGAUGAGCAAAGUAUUUUUACGGAUGCUGAGAAUGGUAAAGAGUCUGAUACAUCGUUUAAAAAGAAACAGGAUGACAGCAUUUCAGAGUGCAGCACGGUGGAUCUGAGAAAGUCCCGGGAACUGAUUGAGCAACCACAGGAUGCUUCUGAAGAAAGUAUGGAACCAGAAGAGUGCUUUACAGAAGAUAAAAACUUCCAGGACCGUUCAGGUUGCUUACGGUACUGUCCAUGCUGUAAGAUUGACAUCACAGACGGAAUGGGUAAAAUAUGGUGGAAAGUGAGGAAGACUUGCUUUAGGAUAGUCGAACACAACUGGUUUGAGAGUUUUAUCAUCUUCAUGAUUCUUCUCAGCAGCGGAGCAUUAGCAUUUGAAGAUAUUUAUAUCGACCAGAAAAAAGCAAUCAAAAUUAUUUUGGAAUAUGCGGACAGGGUGUUCACAUAUGUGUUUGUUCUUGAGAUGCUUCUGAAGUGGGUGGCGUAUGGCUUUAAGAAGUACUUCACCAACGCAUGGUGUUGGCUGGAUUUUUUCAUAGUUGCUAUUUCAGUAGCUUGUCUGAUAGCAACUUUUGGGAAUGGCCAAGGCCAAGUGGGUUCCGUGAAAUCUCUCAGAACUCUGAGGGCAUUGAGGCCUCUGCGAGCCUUAUCCAGAUUUGAAGGAAUGAGGGUCGUAGUGAAUGCCUUAAUUGGGGCUAUCCCAUCCAUCAUGAAUGUCCUGCUGGUGUGCCUCAUUUUUUGGCUAAUUUUUAGCAUCAUGGGGGUGAAUUUAUUUGCUGGAAAAUUCGGAAAAUGUGUGUAUGCUGAGAACAAGACGGAACUGGAUGUGUCUAUUGUAGACAACAAGACAAUGUGUGAAUUAAUGAAUGCAACAGAAGCCUACUGGACAAAAGUCAAAGUCAACUUUGAUAAUGUUGGGGCAGGUUAUCUGGCCCUGCUUCAGGUGGCUACAUUUAAAGGAUGGAUGGAUAUCAUGUAUGCCGCUGUCGACUCACGCCCAAUGACUGAGCAACAGCCAAUAUAUGAAACCAAUAAAUAUAUGUACCUAUACUUCGUCAUAUUCAUCAUUUUUGGAUCUUUCUUCACUUUGAACCUUUUCAUUGGUGUGAUUAUAGACAACUUCAAUCAACAAAAGAAAAAGUUAGGGGGUCAGGAUAUUUUUAUGACUGAAGAACAAAAAAAAUAUUACAACGCUAUGAAGAAGUUGGGGUCGAAAAAGCCCCAAAAACCAAUUCCAAGGCCACAGAACAAAUUUCAAGGAUUUUUCUUUGAUGUUGCUACCAAGCAAGCCUUUGACAUUACCAUCAUGGUCCUUAUAUGUCUUAACAUGGUUACCAUGAUGGUGGAAACAGAUGAGCAGUCUGAUUACAUUGAAAAUUUAUUGUAUAAUAUUAACCUGGCAUUUGUGGUCAUUUUCUCUGGAGAAUGUUUAUGUAAAAUCAUGGCUCUCAGGUACUAUUACUUCACAAUCGGGUGGAACAUCUUUGAUUUUGUGGUGGUGAUUCUUUCAAUUGUAGGCAUUGUACUUUCAGACAUCAUCAAAAACUACUUUGUGUCACCAACUUUAUUCAGGAUCAUACGUUUAGCACGGAUCGGACGUAUUCUCCGACUAAUCAGAGGAGCCAAAGGAAUACGGACUCUUUUAUUCGCCUUAAUGAUGUCCCUCCCUGCUCUUUUUAAUAUUGGUCUUUUGCUUUUCCUGGUUAUGUUCAUAUAUGCCAUUUUUGGCAUGGCAAACUUUGCAUAUGUAAAGAAGGAGGCCGGAAUUGAUGACAUGUUUAACUUUGAAACAUUUGGAAACAGUAUGAUUUGUCUUUUCCAAAUCACAACGUCGGCUGGAUGGGAUGGUCUUCUCAGCCCAAUAUUAAACAGUAAUGAACCUGAUUGCGAUCCUUAUUUACCCAACCCAGGAAGCACUACUGUUGGAAACUGUGGUAACCCUCCAGUGGGAAUUGUCUUCUUUGUUAGUUAUAUUAUCAUAUCAUUUCUUAUUGUAGUUAACAUGUACAUUGCCAUUAUCCUGGAAAACUUCAGUGUGGCCACAGAGGAAAGUACAGAGCCUCUAAGCGAAGAUGACUUUGAAAUGUUUUAUGAAGUCUGGGAGAAAUUUGACUCAGAGGCAACACAGUUCAUUGAUUACUCUGUCCUUUCCACUUUUGCUGACUCACUUGCUGAGCCCUUACGCAUACCAAUACCAAAUAAGAUUAAACUAAUUGCCAUGGACUUGCCUAUGGUUAGUGGAGAUAGGAUUCAUUGCUUGGAUAUUUUGUUUGCAUUCACCAAAAGAGUUCUUGGAGAAUCUGGAGAGAUGGAUACUCUAAAGAUACAAAUGGAAGAAAAAUUUAUGGCGGCCAACCCAUCUAAAAUUUCAUACGAACCUAUUACAACCACCCUAAGGCGUAAACAAGAAGAUGUGUCUGCCUGUAUCAUCCAAAGAGCCUACAGGAGGCAUUUGCUAUACCGUUCCAUGAGACAAGCCUCAUUCCUUUAUCGCCACAGGUCGUGUGAUGAUAAUAUCAUUGAAGAAGAUGCCCCAGAAAAAGAGGGUCUUAUUGCAAUCAUGAUGAAUGAAAAUUAUGGGCGUCAUUUGGACAAAAUGGAAUCUUUGUCUUCAACUUCAUUUCCACCUUCAUACGACAGUGUAACCAGGGACACAUGUGACAACAUCACAGUGGAGGACUCUUCCAAAAAUGAUGAGUCGACAGAUUGUAAAAUAUGUGCAGACAGAGACAAAGAAUCAUUUGUAUAAUCAUUGUUUUUGAUAUUGUUUACAGAAUGUUACAAUGUACAAGUGCACAACCAUUCGAGCAGCCUUCAUAAAUUCAAUUGAUUUGCUAAUAAAAUGAAUUACCUUUUCAACUGAACUACUGGGAACGAAUGCUUAACAACUGUUGGCUCAAUCUCAGUCAACUUUGCUUUAUAUUUCUACAUCAAGAACUUAUGCAGCCUAAAAAGUAAUAACAGUGGCGUGGUUAUGAGUAUGCUAAUGUGUAAAAGAGUAAUGCAAUGUAUCUCUAUACACAGACAAAGCCUGACUGUAUACAUUCAUUUAUGGUCUUAUACUAGUGUGUUCAGUAAAGGUUAUAUAUGACCUUGCUUCUAAGUUAAAUCCAAAUAUCACAAGCUGCUGUAGCAAAAAAUAUAUACACUUACUGUAUAUGUCAUGAAUGGUCUUUCAUAAAUUUAUAUUUGAUAUUUUUUUUACUUACAACAAAAACAUCUUUUUUCCAUGGGGAGAGCAGAUAAAUAUUUAAAGAUCUGCAUUAUAAACUCUCAAAUGAUGUAAUAUAAUAAAAAACUGAAAAAAAGAAAAAAAACAUUCUUGGAUCGUGCUGCUGAAAAUUGUUACAAAACAUUUGAACUGUUAUUACAAGCUGAUAUGUAAUUGCUUGGCAUGGGUAAUGCAAAUAAAGCUUUUUAAAAAAUAAAGGGUUAAUUAAUGCACCUGGAUUAUCGAAUGUUUAAAACAAAAUAAGAUGGGAAUUUUCAAAGGAAAAUGUACUAAUUUUUUCUUUUGGACAAUUUUUUUUUAAAUGGUACUAUAUUGUUACAUUUUUGUCUGUUCUCUUUUUUCUUAGCAUAUACCAAAACAUGGGAAAAAACGAGUCUCUGAUUUCAAAAGUGGUUCGGAGAAAAAGUGGUUUUGGGAUCCAUAGUCACCAGUCAGAACUUAGUCUUUAUUAAUAUAAACUGCACUGGAAAGAAUAAAAUGUGGAUUGUGGUUGCUGUCGAUAACAAGUCCACGUUUUGAAACAUAAAGGUCGAUACAGCAAUUCAAAUAUCUAGGCUCAUUUCAUAAAUUGUUUUCUACUCUUGCAUGUUUCUUUCCUCCCUAUUUCUGCCAUUUUUGGCCAUUACUUUAAGUUUCAAUACUUCUCUCAGUAUACCAAAUUCCCUCAGGGCUUCUUUUAGUAGAUCUCAUCUCACCCCUUUACCUGAAAUGUCUAUGCAAUGUUUCUGCCAUAGCUUUAUCCUUCUUUGGUCUUUUCUUAUGUAAUCAUGUAUCUAUCCUCCAUGUCUUCCACUCAUCAUCAGUACAUCAACAAUCAUUAUCAUUAUUCAUCUCAUUAGCCACAAUCUGGAGAAGACAAGUCUAUGGUUGGCAUAAAAAAGCCAUGUUCCUGCAUGAUGCAGCUUAGAGCAAUGUCUCGGCUAUUCAUAUAUUAAGGAUUUUUUUAACAGUCACUUCUAAGAUGGGGGUUUCUUCUUUGGGAAAUCCUUAAAACAUGACAUUGUAGGGGUACUUGAGGACAGCAGUUAAUAACUCUGGGUUACAGAAAGAAAAUAAAAUGUAUGGAUAAUGGCGAUAGAGGCCAUCCUACUAAUAAUUACCACCCUCAACAUCACUGAUGUUACAUAACUGCUGGCUCUAUGGUGAAAUAUGUUAAGGCUGUUUAGCACCAUGAUUGAAACUAUUCAACCUGUUGAUGCAAUGUAUUUUAUUUCAGACCCACUUGUAACUUACAGAUUAAGCAAAAAAAAAGGUGCAAUCUUGGACAUGGUAGCAUGGAGAAGAUAUACUUUGUCUCAUUGUAUUGACUCUGUCUACUCACGCACCAUGUGCAUCUGGCUUUGGCAUGGCAGAGUGGACUUGUGGCACAUUUUCUGUACAUGCAACUUGCUUUAAAUGUUUUUAAAAGUGAAAAAGCCAUUUACUCUUUGAGUGAGGCAAUAAAUUCCAUUGUCAAUGUCAUUUACAGUUUUAAGUUGUUUAAUGAUUGUUUGUGUGACUUCUUGGCAUCCAAUUAUUGUUUUGUUCCAAAAAUGUACACAGUUCUUGAACUUAUCAAUUGCAUUUUCUAGCAUUACUUUAUCAACAGUUUUCCAUUGCCUGUACUGUAAAGAACCAUUUCUAUGUUGCACAUGAAAGUUCACUUCUGCUCUAACGUGAUGUCCACUUGUCAUUAACACAGCACAUGUAAGGAAACGUUCCAGUGAGAACUUCUUGUAUUGACCUUGAAUAUACUUGAAUAAAAUUAUCAGUCUUU